UUCACAUUAUUUUUGUUAAGUCAUUGUAUUUAAUGUGUAUUUAAUAUUUACUUUUUCAGUUUUUCCUUACUGAUGGAUCUUACGGAGUUGUUUUCAGUUUGGUAGAUGAUUUAGAUAAAUUUGCAGAACCAAGAGAUUUGCAUACAGGACCAUUUGAGAUGACUAAUCUGCAAUUGAACGUAUUCUGGUUAAAGUCGAUAUAUGAACAUGCUGUACUGCUACAUGGCACAGACAAGAAACCUUCGAUCAAUGGAAUAGCACGACCGCCAAUUAGUCUAAUUGGGACGCACAAGGACCAAUUAAAGGGGACUGAAGCUGAGAAGCAGGAAACGAUUAAAAGCAAAUUCAGAAGAAUAUUUGAGGAAAUCGAAGACACACCGUACGAGAGUCAUGUAGACCCCAAUAUGUAUGCCGUAGAUAACACAGCAGAAUUUGAUGAAGGAAUUGAAAGACUGAAAAAAAACGUAGGCAGCUAUAUGAAGGCGAUGGAAAGAACUAUGCCGAUAAAGUGGAUGGACUUGCAAAAUAAAUUACAAGAAGUUGGAAAAACCACACUGCGCAUGUCCUUAGAUAAGAUCACUAAGAUUGCUGCUGAUUGUGAUAUUAACGAAAAAGACCUCAUCCACGUCCUCAAUUACCUUAAUGAUGUUGGAAUCAUUCUGUAUUCGCCCACUAACAAGAAGUUGAAGAACACAGUGAUUACUAACAUCCAUAUGCUGAUUGGUAUCUUAAUGAAAAUCAUCGCAGAUGUGGAACCUGAUGAUGGUGACAAAGUAAUUCUAAUUCAUUGAAUGA